AUGCAUUCAGACGGGAAUGCAGGAGAAACAACUCAAAUUGCUGUUGAACCUUGCAUAAUGGAGAUAUCUCCAGGAAGAACCAAGUAUUGGGUGCCCAAUUGUGAGGGUGCAUCUGUGCCACAUGUUGGUCUUAAAUUUAAGUCAUUAGAAGAGGGUGUCCAACUGUAUAGGAGUUAUGCCGCCCUAAGUGGAUUCGACGCCAGGCAAAGCACCGUGAAGAGAAAUAGGGAAGGAGAAAUAACAACAAAAUAUUUAGUCUGCAGCCGUGAGGGAUAUAAAGGUGGGGGUGUAAAGAAGCACAAAAAUGGGGAAGGAGAAGAUGGUGGAGGUCUUAUACAACGUAGGCGACGACCCUCCAAUAGGGUUGGUUGUGGUGCCAAGAUAGGUUUCAGAAAGAUCAACACCGGAGAGUUUUUGGUUUCUAUAUUUGAAAACAAGCACAACCAUUAUUUGGCAACAGAUGCAUCCAAAGUAUUUUUGCGUGCAAAUCGAAAACUUGAUAUCUGGCAACAAACACUUAUUGCCAACUGUGCAAAGGCAAAUAUAGGACCCACGCGAACAUUUAGACUUUGCAAAGAGGUGGCUGGUGGGUAUGAUAACGUGGGGGCAACAAGCAUGGAGUUCUGUAACUUCAAGCGUGACUUACAAGCAUAUAUUGAGGGUGGAGAUGCACAAAUAGUUAUCGAGAAACUUCGCAACAAGAAAGAGUUGAAUGCUGAUUUUUUUUACAACUACUACCUUGACGAGGAAAACAGGCUUGCACGACUAUUUUGGUCUGACCCCAUUUCACGGCAAAACUACAUGCGUUUCGGAGAUGUUGUAUCAUUUGAUGCAACAUACGGUACUAACAAGUAUAACUUGGUUUUUGUGCCGUUCACGGGGGUUGACAAUCACAAAAGAUGCGUCACAUUUGCUGCAGGAUUGCUCACAAAGGAAGACAUAGAUUCAUACACAUGGUUGUUGGACAAUUUCAAGGCCGCAAUGGGUAACCCACCACUUUAUAUUGUUACAGAUCAAGACCCAGCUAUGAGGACUGCAAUUCCUAAGGUUUUUAAUGAAUGCCGCCACCGUUUCUGCAUGUGGCAUAUCAUGACAAAAGUGAGUGAAAAAGUGGGGCCUGAACUAGCAAAAGACGAGGUAUUUCGGAAGAAGUUAAAUAAGAUUGUUUGGAACGAGGUAAUAUCCGUUGAGGACUUUGAAGCUCAAUGGAAAGCACUAAUGGAAGAGUACAAGCUGGCCAACAACCAAUGGCUAUGUCAUUUAUUUGAGCUCAGGAAAUUUUGGAUUCCAGCAUAUUUUGGAGAUGUGUUCAUGGGUGGGUUGAUCCGUACUACAUCACGAUCUGAAGCAGAGAACAGUGCGUUUGGAAAAUUCACAUCCCCAAACGCUAGUCUAGUGGAGUUUUAUUUCCAGUACGAGAGUGCAAUAGACGCACAACGACAUAGUGAUGCUAAACGAAAUGCUCAAUGUGGGGGUUACUUCCCUGAUUACGAGACACCAUUACUACUUGAACGACACGCGGCUACAGUGUACACUAUUACGAUUUUCUACGAGGUUCAAAAAGAAAUAAUUGCGGGGUGCUUCUACUGUCAAAUAGUUGAGAUUCGCAAAGAUGGAGACUCUACCUGGUACGACAUUAAAGAGGAAUGCAACCGAAUUUUCUGUGUGAAACAUAGUCCAGCAGAUAAUAGUGUUUUAUGCAGCUGUGGAUUAUUCAAUCGUUUGGGUAUGGUUUGCAGACACAUGUUCUUGGUCUUCAAAGAUGCACGGCUAGAGUGCAUCCCUAACCAGUAUGUGGUGCCUAGGUGGACUAAACUAUCUUGCAUGGAGCAUCUAACCACAAGGGAGCAACAUACCUCAAGGGAUUCAUCCACAAAAUUAUUAAUGAAAAAAAUGUGGUCAGAUAUUUAUUCAUGUAUUGGGUUAGUUGGUGGUGACUCGGACCGAUUGGAACGCAUGACGCAGGUAAUUAAGGGGUUGAAAGAAGAAUUCACACAGGACGGAGCAACUCAGGAACUUGCAAAGGGCAACAAAGGUGUUAUAGAGGCAUUCUGUGAGACACGUGCACCAGACAUCGUGACCAUAAAACCCCCAUUGAAGGUCAAAAAUAAAGGUAGUGGAAGACGUAUCAAGAGCAAUAGAGAGAAAGGAAUCGAAAAGUCAAAGAAGCCGAAGCGACUGUGUAGAUCGUGCAACCAAUUUGCCCGGCACGAUAGCCGAAACUGUCCAACGGGUUAA